CUGUGGGUGCUUAGGGUGCUUUGUUCUGGGGGUCAAGAGCAGAAUGAACCAGUAUUUGAGGGCUUGUUGCUAAAAGUAGGGUGAUCAUAAUUUUUCUGAGAAUAAAAAACAAAAAACAGACUAGCCUGGGAUGGCUCAAAUUGACCAGCCUGUGAGUCGAGAGCUGUGAACUCCCCUCACCAGUAAGGACACAACCAUUUCCUGUGACAGUUCAUCGGCAGGGCUGCCUGCUCUGAGCCAGGCUGCGAGGAAGGCACUUUGAAAAAGGCCAUCUCCUUCUGUCUCCCAGCAGCCUCGUGAGGUGAAUCAAGGAUCCAGCUUCCAAAAUGUGGCAGCUUUUGGCCUGUCUUAGCUGCCUGGUGGUGCUGGCCGGUGCCCAGAGCAGGCCGCCUUUCCAGCUGCUGUCCGAUGAGCUGGUGAACUAUGUUAACAAACGUAACACUACAUGGAAGGCUGGACACAACUUCCAUAAUGUGGACCCGAGCUACCUGAGGAGGCUGUGUGGCACCUUCCUGGGUGGGCCCAAGCUGCCCCAGAGGGUUUGGUUUGCGGAGAACAUGGUUCUGCCUGAAAACUUCGAUGCCCGGGAACAGUGGCCUAACUGCCCGACCAUCAAAGAGAUCCGAGACCAGGGCUCCUGCGGGUCCUGCUGGGCAUUUGGGGCCGUGGAAGCCAUUUCUGACCGGAUCUGUAUCCGCACCAACGGGCACGUCAAUGUGGAGGUGUCUGCUGAGGACAUGCUCACCUGCUGUGGCGACCAGUGUGGGGACGGCUGUAACGGGGGCUUUCCUGCUGAAGCUUGGAACUUCUGGACAAAACAAGGCCUGGUUUCCGGUGGUCUCUACGAAUCUCAUGUAGGCUGCAGACCCUACUCCAUUCCUCCCUGCGAGCACCACGUGAACGGCUCCCGGCCCCCAUGCACAGGGGAGGGGGAUACCCCCAAGUGCAGCAAGUUCUGCGAGCCCGGCUACACCCCGUCCUACAAAGAAGACAAGCACUAUGGAUGCAGUUCCUACAGCGUGUCCAGCAGCGAGAAGGAGAUCAUGGCGGAGAUCUACAAGAACGGCCCGGUGGAGGCGGCCUUCACCGUGUAUUCCGACUUCCUGCUGUACAAGUCUGGAGUAUACCAGCACGUCACUGGAGAGAUGAUGGGGGGCCAUGCUGUCCGCAUCCUGGGCUGGGGAGUGGAGAACGGCACGCCCUACUGGCUGGUUGGCAACUCCUGGAACACGGACUGGGGCGACAAUGGUUUCUUUAAAAUCCUCAGAGGACGGGAUCACUGUGGAAUCGAAUCAGAAAUUGUGGCUGGGAUCCCAUGUACUGACCAGUACUGGAAAAAGAUCUAAUCUGCUAUGGGACUGGUCUUGCCAGCCCUGGGGCAGUGUUUCCCUAAAUACAGCCAGUUGGGCUGGUGAGGAGAUGGAGGGUAGGAAUGUCGUUUAUUCUUUUGAGUUCAGAUAAGAUAGAAGAGGUUUUAGACAGGCCCUGAAGGAUUGGGCCAAACCUCGUGUCUACCAUCAGAGCCCUCUUCCAAGGAGGCACAUCCAAGGCCUGGCUACCUCCCAGCCCGUUGGGUGGACUGCAGUCCCCAUGCACACUUAAACCAUGUGAGCUCCCGCUGCAAGUGAAGCAAGGCGUCCCCCCUACACUAGAGCUGUGCCCAGUGCCCUCCGCUCCAGCGCCUGCUGCAGCCGCCCCGGCCCCUCCCAGUCCACGCACACCAGGAAGCCAGCCCCAGACCUGGGGGGUUUGUUAGGUGCUCCAGACGAAUAGAAGGUGGAGUUCCUAACAAGACCAGCCCCACCAGUGGCGGUACUUUGAAGCAAGUAGCUCGCUAGAUUUGGCCUAGGUUGAAAAGAAAACCAAUGGGGCGGCCCUUGGGAGAAAGCCAUUCCCCCAGGGCCCCUGCAUCUCUUGAGCUUUGCAGUAUUGCUGCGAAGACCCUCUCUGGCCUUGUCCUUGGAGUGAUUCCUUUUUAAAUACACGUUUCAUUUUGUGUGCACCUCAGCUGAUCAUAUGAAUGAAAAGAGGAACAGUUGGAAGCUGUCCCGGCUUCACAGACUGUCUCCCUCCAACAAAAUCCCAGGUGGUCAUGACCUGACUGGCUACCAGCCUAAUACAGUGAAACUCAUUUGGGAGAAACCAACUUCAACUAUGUAAAAAUCACUGCUUCACUCUGUUAAUUUAACAAGGAAAGGAAUGACUGUGCCAAUAAAACGUUUUCUCCCUUAA